CCUUGCUCAGCCUCAGCUUUGCUUGCUGGAGAGCUCCUGGCUGCAGAACUGGGAAGAGCCAAGGGGUCCUUGGGGGCACUUGGCAUCUCCCUUGCCUCCUCGAGAGUAGGGGCCCUGCAAGAGCCUCUCCAGGGGAUCAUUCAAGGAAGGCUGGAAGCUCUGCCUCGCCUUGGAAGUAAUUUGGGAAACCAAACCAAAAGUUUGAUUUAAUUUAAUUUUUUAAUUUUUGCAAAAGUUAUUUUUAAUAAGUUACUUUUGCUCCUUCUACGAUGCUUGGAACCAGGUCUAAAGCCAUUUGGAGCAGCCAAGCCUCUCAGCCACCUUCAGGCCAAGAGAUGGAGAACAAAGCCAUGUACCUACACACCUUCAGUGAGAAGGAGAACGGAUCCAUUUUUGAAGAACCAUUUGAUGAGAAAAACCUCUCCAAGAUGAAUCUCUGUGAUGAUGGACUGGCCAGAAAGAAGAAAACUUCAGGUCCUUGCAGCCAACUUGGGUCUGUGGCUGCUCUUAAAUACGCAGUGGUUGGGCUAUAUCUGCUGGUUUUCUUGAUCCUUGUUGGUGUUUUCAUACUAGCAGUUUCCCGGCCUCAGAGUUCCCCAGAGGAUCUCAAAGCACUGACUGGGAAUGUGAACCGGUUGAACGAAACCUUCCGAGAUCUUCAGAUGAAGGCGAUGCAGCAGCCCUUGAAAGGGGAGUUCCUGGACCACAUCUGGCGCUUGCAGGACCUCCUUCAGAACCACUCCGACUCUCUUUUGGUGAUGACUGGAUCUCUCCAGAAACUGGAAGGGGCUCUUGGGAGCUUGCAAGCCCAGGCGGCUCAGACGGACAGGGUCAUUUUGGGCCUGCGGGACAGCCUGAACCAGCAGAGUGAUGUGGCACAGAUGGAGAUAUACAGACUCUCGGUGGAGGGGAACAGCAGCCGCCUCCUCUUGAAGCACCAUGAGGGUGUCUUGGCAGAGCUGGCCUCCCACGUGGAAAGCCUGAAUGACCAGUUGACCGAAGUGGGAGGUGAGGUGGGCAGCAUGAACCGGACUCUGUCCUACGACGUGGGCAUCCAUCACACCCGUAUCCAGGACCUCCAGGUCUUGAUCAGCAAUGCCACCGAGGAUGCGCGGCAGAUGCGCCUGGUCCACAUUGCCAUGGAGCAGCAGCUGAAACAUGAGUUGGCCAUCUUAAACAACGUCACCGAAGACCUCAGGCUCAAAGAUUGGGAACAUUCCGUCGCCUUGAGAGACAUCUCAGUAAUACGAGGGCCUCCGGGACCGAAAGGAGAACAAGGCAACGAAGGGAUGGAGGGCGAACCUGGACCUCCCGGCUUACCUGGACUGCAAGGGCUCCCCGGGGAAAGAGGACCUUCUGGACCACGUGGCGCCAAGGGCGACCAAGGGGCCAUCGGCCCACGGGGCAUGCCAGGGCCUCGUGGCAUCACAGGUGAUCGGGGACAAAAGGGAGAGAAAGGGGACAAAGGAGACCGAGGAGGAGGAGGAGAAACAGGACCUGCCCCAGAGGAAGCAAGCAUCCGCCUGGUGAACGGCUCCGGCCCCCACGAAGGACGGGUCGAAGUUCUCCAUGACCGAAUUUGGGGGACCGUCUGUGACGACGGCUGGGACAAAAAAGAUGGAGAUGUUGUGUGCCGGAUGCUGGGCUUCCGGGGGGUGGAAGAGAUUUACAGAAUGGCUGUCUUUGGGCAAGGGAAAGGACGCAUCUGGAUGGAUGACGUGGCUUGCAAGGGGACGGAAGAAAGCCUCUUCCAGUGCAGCUUCUCCAACUGGGGAAAGACAAACUGUGGACAUGCUGAGGAUGCCGGAGUGAAGUGCUUGACACAGUGAGGAGACCAGUUGUUCAGCAACCAAAGAGCGAGUAGAGAACCUGUUGGAAAAGGAACUCUUAAGAUCUCAAGAGGCUGGCCAGUCCUGGAGAUGGACACACUUUGCUUUCUUCCUCGCCAGCUCCAUGGCUCCCAGCAGAACAGUGGCAACUUGCCCUUUCUAUCUCUCAGGGCUUCUAGUAGUGCAGAGCUGGGGAAAGAGUGGUCCAGGAGGCCCCCAACAUGACUCUGUCAAAGUUCCUGGGAUCUCAUUUUAAAAAACAACACCAAAAUCUUUUUUUGCAGUGGAAAAAAUGCUCUUCGAUGUCACCCAAACAUCACCCGGAGUGACAAUUUUUUAUAACUCCCUUUCCUCAAACCAGCUCACAUUGAGCUGAAAUAACUGGACGCCAAGCCCAGAAGCAGAUUUCCAGUCACUUCUAGAUCCUGUUUUUUGCCCAGCUUACAGCCAAAAACGUUAGCCAGCGCUCUGUUAAGCAGCAGCAAGAUUGUAAGCUGGACUUACAGUCUCACAGCUGUUGGUGAUUUGUGUUUAGAGUGGCUAAUAGUGGAAUGUGACCCCAAAAACCUACCCUUAUAGCCUGGCAGUGGCACUGGAGAUCUUGAGAAAAGUACCGUAUAUACUUGACUAUAAGUCGACCUUAUGUAUAAGUUGAGGGCAGGUUUGGGGGCCAGAAUGAUGGAUUUUGAUAUGACCCAUGGAUAAGUAGAGGGUAAAAGUUAGGGGCAUGUAACAAAGGAUGAUGCAAAUGAAAAUGAUGCCAAAGAACUUAGGAAAUUCUAGCACAAUUGUUUGCGCUCAUCCUAAAGGCUGGAUGGGUGAGAAAGUAGCGGGGAUCCAUGCUUCUUUUUGGCGCUCACAGGAUGAACUAAGCUCUUGCCUUUUAUCACUCUAUUCAGAGAAAGAGGAUGGCUCCU